GCGUUUCCUCUCAAGAGGCUGGAGCCCGCGUUCGCGGAGCUCUCCGAUGCCAUGGCUGAUCUCGAGGCAAACAUGAUGCAUUUCCAGCUCAUCGACGAAAGCUUGGCCCGUUUUGGCGAAUCCUUCGCCAGCUUUCUCUACGGCCUUAACAUGAACGCGUUUUGCGUCGACUUUCCCGAGUGCCCCGUUCCCCAGUCAUUCCGUCGAGACCGUCAGCACCUCAGUCAGCCCAGCACCACGGAUGUGAAGCCCGGGCACGACGGGGAAGCGACUUAUAUGUAAGCGCCCUUAUUCGAAGGAUUUGCUGACGGCAGCAAAGGACUACCGACACAUCUUUCGUGGAGAGCCCUCCCAAGUCGACAGGACCCAGUCUGAAGCACAAUGUCCCUGGGCAUCGCCAGUCUCGACUACCA